CGCGUUCUAUGGCGCCGGGCGCCAGGCCGUGAGCCUGCCACUACCACACCUCACAUGUCGAUACCGCCCUGGCAGCCACCGACUCGGCCGCGAACACUCCGGAUUCGCUGCAUCCCACCCCAUGUCACGCAAGAUGAGCUUAGAGUCUAUCUGAAAGAGCUUCUUGGAUACGACGGUUUCAUACUUUCGUUGUUUCCUUCGAAAAGGGAUGCGAUUGCGACCAUUACCCUCACCGAGGGGGAGCCUCCAACCUUUUCCGAAUGUUCCCCAGGUACCAGAAUCUACCUUUCGUACCCGGAAACAGUCGCUGGCCUGGUGGUUGACUGCGACUUUCUUGGGAUCACGCCGUUGUACAGCGCGCAGAUGCCCGUAGUGGGUAUUAUUGCUGUGACGGGCCUCGCCGAUCACGCGUAUGAAUCGUGGAAACCGCGGCACCAGCCGAAGAUGUGGCUACGGGACUUUUUGCCGUCGGAGAUAGGCGAGCACAUCAGGAUCCUCACCUUCGGCUACGACACGAGCCGCCGAGACGAUAGGGACGCCCCGACUAUUCACACUUUUGCGACAUCGCUGUUGAAGAGUGUUGCGGGUGCACGUACCGGAGACAAUGAACGUAACCGUCCCCUGAUAUUCAUCGGCCACAGCCUCGGUGGCCUAGUCAUCAAGCAGGCAAUCGCGCAUGCAUCGGGACCUGAAGGUCGCGAUACCGAUAAGGUCAUCUUGAGCUCGUGUGUUGGUAUCUUUUUUUUUGGAGUACCCUCCAGAGGUCUUGACCUCAGACGCUUGAGGACGCUAGUACGCGAGCCGAAGCAUGCAGACUACAUCUACAACCUGUCGGAAGACUCGGACUUCUUAAGGUUCACUUGUGACGAUUUCCUGCGAGCGGUCGAAGUUCAUCUCGGGGGUUGCCAGAUUGUGUCCUUUUUUGAAACUAGAGACACUCGAGCUGUGGGCGUCCACCCGGAUGGAAGUUGGACACGGAGUGGCGCGAUGAUCCGGGCAGUCCCGGAGGCGUCAGCAACCUUUGGCCCCAGGCCUCACGGGGUCAUGCAUAAGUACGUAGCAAUCGCUGCCGACCACUCAACCAUGGUGAAAUUCGCCCACAAUAGCGACCCCCACUACACAAUAGUUCGG